UGCCGGUCAACUUACGAUGAUAUACCUUCUUUAAAGAACGCAGAAGGGAAGAUAGUCUCUUCUUCUUCUAGCUGGGCCUCCCUCCAGCGAUGGCGGGAUUCCUGGCGCUCAUCCUCUCCAGCUUAUGGGUUCUUCUCCUCUUGGGCGGCUGCCAUGGAGAGGAAUUGGAAUUCGCGACGAGCGUGGACACCUCCGACAUCGCGGCUCUCCGCUCCUUCGCCGCCCACAUCCGCCACGACCCCAGCGGCGCGCUGCGCUCCUGGCGCCGCGACGAGGAGGCUUGCACCGCCUGGAGCGGCGUGGAGUGCUCGUGGAUCCACGGCAGCCAGGGAUUCCGCGUCGUCUCCAUCCGGCUGCCCAAAUCUCUCCUGGAAGGUGAGCUCUCCCCGCGGCUGGGGCUCCUCUCGGAGCUCCGCGUGCUGGAUCUGUCCGCCAAUCGCCUCUCGGGCCUCAUCCCGGACGAGAUUGCCCAGCUGCCCAAGCUCCGCUCCAUCGAUCUCUCCAGCAAUCGCCUCGUGGGUCGGAUCCCUACUGGGAAUGGGAAUGGGAAUUCCCUGCGCAGCGCCGCGGCAUUCGCUGGGAAUCCCGGCCUCUGUGGCUGGCCCUUAGAUCGCGAGUGUCCUCCAUCCUCGAUCAUCACCACGAAGAAGCACUAUUCCAGUGCCCGGCGAGCACUCCUCCAGGACGGCGCUACAGCUCCAUCGCCAUCGCAAUCGCCGACCCCUCCGAGCUCCAAUGGCAGCGAAGCUCCAUCGCCCAGCGCCGCGGCGGCAGGAUCAUCCCCGCGGCACAAGGGGCGCAGCAGGGCGCGGCGGUGGGGCAUCGGCGCGGCGCUGGGCGUGAUCGCCGGCUCGGUCUCGGGCGUGCUCGUGGGCAUCAUCGCGCGCGCGGGGAUCAUCGUCUACAAGCGCGCGCGCGCCAAGAACGGCCCCAUCAUCUUCUUCCACAAGCUCACGCCCAAGAUGCUUGCCUUCCUCGAUUCCCCGGAGUCCUUCCAGCAAAUGCCCCUCCUGGGCGCCGGCGGCGCGGGCAAGGUCUACAAAGCCGUGCUCGAGGGCGGCAUGGAGGUGGCGGUCAAGCGAAUCCCGAUCCAGCCGCCCGAGCCGCCGUCGUCGUCCGAUGCCUCGCGAUCCAGCGGCAAGGGCAGCUUCGGCAAGCGCCACACGGUCGCCGAGAUGGAGACACUUGGCAAGAUCCGCCACGUCAACCUCGCGUGGCUCUACGCGUACAUACUCAAGCCCGACGCCCACCUCCUCCUCUACCAGUACAUGCCGCGCGGUAGCCUCCAGGACGUGCUGGCCCGGGUCCGCGACGGCGCGAUGGAGCUCGAGUGGUCCGCGCGGCAGCGGAUCGCCACCGGCAUGGUCCGCGGGCUUAAGUACCUCCACUACGAUUGCAGCCCAAAGAUUCUCCACCGCGACCUCAAGACGAGCAACAUCUUGCUGGACGAGGAGCUGGAGGCGCACCUGGGCGACUUCGGGCUGGCCAAGGCGCUGCCCGACGGCAUGACGCACGUCACGACGCAGGUGGCGGGCACCAUCGGGUACAUCGCGCCCGAGUACCACCAGACAUGCAAGUUCACCGUGAGCAGCGACGUCUACAGCAUGGGCAUCGUCCUCGGCGUGCUCAUCAGCGGCCGCGAGCCCACCGACGAGUUCUUCAAGGAUUUCCCCGGCGGCAUCGUGCCGUGGAUGUGCUACCUCGUCCAGAGCGGCCAGGAGCUCAGGGGGAUCGACCCGACACUGCUCAAGCCAGCAGCGCGAGGAGGAGGAGAAGGUGGCGGCGAUGAUACUCUCGGCCAAACCCCGGGAUUUGCGAAUCUGGACGAGAUAACCGAGAUGAAGCGGGCGAUGCGAAUCGCUUGCUUGUGCACCAAGUUGAAUCCGCAGGACCGCCCCUCCACGAAGGACGUGCUCGUCAUGCUCAACCCAGGGAAGCUGGAGAACGUCCGUCCCAUGGAGGAGCUCCUGCGAGAUGGAUGAGAGAAGCAAAACUAAAAUGGAAG